AUGCGCAUAAAAAUAGAUUUUAAAUUGCCGUCGUUGCCGGUAUUGCGGUGUAACGUGUACUGCGUGUGGUCAGUGCGUGCAACAGUUCAGCCAAUGCAACACCAUCUACCCCAUCAAAAUAUCCACCUAUCAUUUUUAACACGUGAUAACUCCACCACUAUGACAGCUCUUGUAAAAGCGAUUGCGGUAAUUAAUUCGUAA